CAUAAUCCCUAUAAUUCCAUUGGCUCAGAUGUAUUCCUGAUCCCGCCCACAUUGCUCCUGCUGGAUCCGUCGGUUGACAAGGUGGAAAAACUUACUAAAGUUAUCUAACUACAAGCUUCAGUCUCGAUGGCCGUUUGGUGAUGAUCCCCUUGGUGUUGGGGCAUGUGUCCGUCUGCCCUUGUGAAACACAUCAACAGAAAUGAGUAAAGACAAUCCACGGAUAGAAAUGGACCUGGCUUCUGGAACAGCCAAGGCCUAUGGGUCCUCAAGAAGUAUUGUGAGAAGAAUAGCUUCUAGUCUUCCCUUUAACCCCUGCCCCAGGGUCCAUUUUCAGCUUUAUCCGUAUAGUGAGGACGCUGGUGUCCUGAUUGGCGCCAGGAGGCAGAAUGGUUUGGUGGCGUCUCUGGCUGAUGUCGGAUGGAUCGACAGGGAUGACGAGGAUGACGAGGAUGACGAAGACCCCUUUGGCAGGUCAGUGAUCCCAUCAGGACUCGUGUUCCGAUCCCAUCAGCCUCAGAGAAAACCCUUAACCCGCCAGAGUUCACUGCCGAGCCUGCAUCAGGGGGCUCCGGACCCCCAGGGGCCAACGGCCGUCAACGAUGAGGCCAUUCAGAAGAUCGGCGCACUGGAGACGGAACUUGCCAAACUCAGAGCUCAGAUAGCACUAAUCGUUUUGGCUCAGGAAAAGACCACACAGCCAGCUGCUACCACAGGGACACCUCCACCUCCCCCUCCACCCGGUGGCACCCUGCCUCCCCCUCCCCCACCACCACCACCACCUCCUCCUCCUCCCCCACCACCGCCACUACUCUUGAGUCUCCAGCGGACAUUUUCUGCCAUUGACUUGAUUAAGGAGCGCAGAGGGAUGAAGACAGACAGCCAGACAGUUUUGGAUUCAAGGCCAGCAGAAAUCCCGAGCAUGCUCGACGUCUUGAAAGACAUAGGCAAAGUCAAGUUGAGAUCAGUCAAAAGUCGUCCAGCGGAAGGUGAAGCCAAAGUAAAGUCCAGCAAUCCUGUAGACGCCGCAACUCUCAUCGCCGAGGCCCUGAAACGCAAGUUCGCCCACCGCUAUCGACACGACAGUGAACAAGGAGACACUGAGGAGUUCAAACUUCCCGUUCCAGAAGUGAAACCUCGAACCGAAACCCCUUUGUUCGGGCAGCACAUGUUGAAGUCAACUGGAAAAAGGAAGUUGAUCUGAACUCGAGGUCCAGAUGUGCUGCGGACACUUUGAAGUGCCUUAUCGACCUUUAAAUAUCAGCUGUUUCUGUGAAAGAAUAAGGGAUUCUGCCUGAAGUAGAGGAGUCUGCUCCACGUAUCAGUCAUCUCAUAGUGUUGUAUCCAUUAGUCAUCUUGACCAUCCAUUUUUGCACUUUUAUAACUUAUAUUAGCUUUCAUGAUUUUGUUUUUGUUUAACUGAAUGUCUUUUUGUUUUUGUGUUAAAUAGUUUAAACUUCUGUCCUGAGUGAAAGUGACAGAGGCAACACUACAAUCGAUAAACGUUAUUAGUUUUAUUGCUCAAUCAUUACUUUGCACAUAGCAUCGUUGGUCAAGUUUGCAUUCCCAUUGUUAAGGGGUCUGUGAAAACUGAAGAGUUCUUCUACCACAGAGGAAAGGGAGCACUUUCUUACUUGUGGAAUAUUGUGCUGUAUUGUUUAUACAUGUAUGAUAGACUAAUUUAUGAUUGGGAUCUUCCUAUUUAUGUUGUGGUUUAAGUAAUUAAGUGAGAUUUUAACACAGGUAAUUAUGUCGUAGGUGUGUUCCGUUAAUUCCAGGUGGCUUUUAAACAAUGUUGUACUUUGAGCCUCAGUUGCCAGUCUUGCCGGGGCUUGUGUGUUUUUUGUUCAAAUAUAUGCAUCCCAGUUUUAGUUGAUAUUAUUUAUCUCUUUAGUACGAGCCGUGUUUAAGAGCCAAAGACAUUCCAGUGAUGAUCGGCGAGAUUCUGCCUUUCACUGCCAAAUAUCUUUCCAUGUCCCUGUUUCUUUUUCCCCCAUUUAGGAUUAUGCUUUAAGAAAUAGUGAGGAUAACCGAUACUGUUAAGCAAAGUUCAUAUUUGUAGGUUAUUGGCGGUACAUGUGAAAUGUUUUGUUGCUUUAUCAGUACCCGUUUUGAUAAGAUUUGCCUUUUAUCACAAAACACUUUCCCAGAACUUAAGACUCACAGUUCCAACAUCAGUAAAUAAAUACUCUAUUGUUGUAUAUUAAAAACAUAUUUUCGUCAUGGGUCCUAAGGUACCUGCUGUUAUCAGUAUUCCAAAGGUAAAAAUUAUGCUCACAUUUUCAUGCCUCGGUUUGAAAAUACACACUUGACUCCUUGGGGUCGUGUGAGGUUUUUAGUAUUUUGUUCAAAGUGACUGAUAGCACAUUGUUUCCAGUGUAGUUGCUGCUUCAAGACAACUCUACUAGUAUGUUCUAUAUUUUUUAAGGGAAGGUGGACUGGGUGUCAGUAGUAGGAUUUUGUAGAAGAGUUGUCUUCCAUAAAAAUUGAACUUGAAUUGUCAAAUUUCUAAAUAAAACUUUAUGUUCU